GAACGGUGAACAAGACAUUAGACUCAAGUGUAGUCAAGAGACUGGAUCUGUUGCUCUGCUAUGAGUUCCGACACUCAGAGGGUGACCGUCUGCUUUGUCAUUGUCCUCCUCCUUUUCGUCAACGCUCUGCUGUUGUUCCAGCUUACGUUAAGGUAGGCCUAGCUGGAAGAGUGACAGACUAGCCUGUCCAGAGGGACUGAAGAGAAGAAGGGUAGGAGUCCCAUUGACCAAAUGGCAUAAAUGCAGCCUAAGACAUAACACGAUUUUUUUUAUUUUUUUAUUAGUAGUCAUGACGUGCAUUAAAUUACAAAUAUGUACAACGCACCAAGACAGUCGGGAAAUUGAGGACUUCAAUGUUUUUAAAUGCGGCGGGUUUUAAUCUGCGUCACUGCGCUGGAGUUCUGAGCGGAGUGCGCGCAAGCCCCUGCCGUCACCAAAUCGACGCCCCAAGCCGCGAACCGGAGGAUCUGCACAAGUCAACACAAAGCCAGUCGUCAUUCAGAGGAUGAACCCAGAAAGGUGUGGAGGAUGUUUCAAAAGCGGCAAUGUCGUGUCACGUCAUUGGAGUCAGUGGGGCGAAAGAUGCCACCGCCGUUGUUGACAUGUUUUUGAAGGAUGUCACAGACACUGGAGCUUUAAUCCCGUGGGUAGUGUGUACGAAGGAACCUAUGGUCGUUAAUUCCUGUUACCGGUAUUCUAAAGGUGUCGUAGGACAGUUUUCCAGAGCAACCACAUUAAGAAACAACAUCCUUUGCGACAAGCUACCUGGAGAAGAUGGAUUUCACAAGGUUGGCCGUAGACGCUGGUGCGUUUAUUAACCGAGCUGUUCAGUAUACGGAGGAGACUCUGGGACAGGCGGAGAAGACAGAGUUGGAUGGCAGCUUGGAGGAUCUCCUAGCCAAGGCUGACGUCAUCAAAACCAGGACGGAUCAGAUCAUCUCACAGACUGAGGUUCUACUUCAGCCCAAUCCAGGAGCACGUAUGGAGAACCUGCUGUAUGAACAUCUGGACUGGAGCGCCCCUCCAAGGCCAUGCCCCCACGAGGUGCUGGGAGAAACCAUGAGCCAGGCAGGACUAGAACUCGGAUCUAAUGCACCCUAUGGGACUGCUCUGCUGAAGUGUGGGGAGGCUCAGAGGCAGUUCGGGAGUGCAGAGAGGAAGUUCAUCCAGAGCACGGCCAUACACUUCCUGUCUCCUCUACGUAGCUACACUGAAGGGGAAUACAGAGACAUACAGAAUGAGCGCAAGCUGUUGGUGAACAAGCGUCUGGAUCUGGACAUAGCCAAGACGAGGCUGAGGAAAGCUCAUGAGGCCGAUAGAGAGGCCAGAAAUCUGAAUGCUAACCCUUUGGGAGAUGACUACAUGGUCUAUGCCUCCUACAUGUUCAGCUUCCUACGAGUCAAAUGGCUGAAGAUGUGGGCUCAGGAGAUCUCCCAGGCAGAGAUGGAGCUGAGGAUCUGUCAGAGCCUGUUCGACCGACAAGCUGAGGUCACCAAACGCCUACUGGAGGGGAUUAGCAACACUUACGCCAACCACAAUCGUAGUCUGUGUGACUUUGUGGAGGCCCAGGCCUCGUGCUACGCCCAAUGUGACCAACACGCCCAAGAGCUCCAGAGGCAGAUGUCCAGCAUCCCAGCUGUGUUCUGUUCCAACAACUGGCAGUCGGCACCCAAUCAGAGCCUGGCAAUCAACCAUGGAAACGGUCAGCCAAUAGCAGCCAAUAGCAGCCAACCAGACAGCCAACCAGACAGCCAACCUCACAGCCAUCGAGGUGACCAGCCUGCUGUUAGACAUGAACCAGGCUGCCAGCCAAACCCCAAACAAUCUCCCAGCCUCCAUACCAGCACAAUGGGCAACAGCAACAACCAACCAGGAGACCAGCCAGCUCUUGUCAACCAACCAGCCAUUAGCAACGAAACCUGAGACUAAUCAAACGUCCAAUGAGCCCUUGACAACCGACCAGGCAUCCAAUCAGUCCCCAUUAGUUAAUGGAGAGGUGAACCAAUCAGGGGUUGAGUAGUGUGUGUAUCCAAGGUGUGGUACCAGGGUUGGUGAGUUGAGAGGAGGACUCAGUUUUGCCAAAACAUGUACAAGAUGUAUGAUCUCAAUGGUUAUUAUGCAACGAUUUAUGUGACUGUAUGUCAGUCGUCUGUAAAUAACAGAUGCAUUGUGGGAGGAUAAUAUUAGUACAGCCGACUGUUGUUAUGUGAUCUAUAGACUGUUAGCAAAAUCACUUAUAGUCAUGGUGGGUGCACACCGCUACACUCUAAUGAAUCAUUUGAUGAACAAUGUUUGUGUUAUUGUUCAUUAGUAGAUCGUGUUUCUUUUUAAACAGGUGUAUUAUAUGAAACAUGCUGUGUCAUCUGAGUAGAAUCUGUUGUCCGAGAUCAUGGACCUCUGUGUAAACAAACAAGUGAAAAAGAAUACUAGUUAUUAUAUAUUGUUAUUAUCAUUAUUAUAACUAGUGCAGUACCUGUUCUCGCGAGAUCCACGGCUCCAUCGCGUAGUACAGCUCAACAUGCAGUGGACGCCAUAUUUAUUUAUUGCAAACCGCUCAUCAAAACAGUGUUACACACACAUUUUUACUUCGUACAGUGCCCGGUUUGCAAGAUAAUCAAGACACAGGCAUUCUUGCCUUUAUAUUUGGAUUAACAUUCACCACAACUGGUUAAGCUUCUCUGCUCAUCAAUUUGAUCAGUUCCUCAGUCCUAUAGACAGAGCCGGUCCUCGGCAUAGGCGACAUAGGCAGCUGCCUAGGGCGGCAUGAAGAGGGGGGCAUCCAUUAAUUAACCCUCCUGCACCACCAGCAGAGGGCGCCAAGUCAUAUAUCCGUGCUGCGGUUGGGGGGCGGCACCCCGAUUGGUGUGUUGGAACAGGGAAACAUCUAGAACACACAGGACGGCUGGCCCUAAGGACCAGGCCAGUCCUUCUGCUGAUAGGGAACAGCACCCUCGCUCUUAUGUCUGUGUGUGUGGAAUCUGAGGGUGUCUGAGAGUUAAUUAACUCUGUGACAAGCUGUCUGUCAGUCUAUCAAUCUGAGUAUCUAAACCAGUCAACCAGUCAACUUCAACGUUUGACUAUCAUCAGUGUAGCAACUGAUGAUAAACAUAUUAUAAGUUGUUAAAUGAUAAAUUAACUGUGCCUAUAUGUGGGUUUGUGUGUGUGUGUGUUCAUAGAACCAUUCAAACAUCAAGGUAAAUACACUGAUGUAGUCUUAAGUUUGUGUGUUUGUAAAUGUAUGUUGAUAAAGCAAUUAAAAUCUUAGAAGAAA